AUGUUCGAACACGUGAGUUUUUCUCUCUCCGUCCUCUUUUCUCUCCCCUCGUCACCACUCGCGCGCUCGCGUCCCGCGCUCGCUUCCGCGCCCGUAGGAUUUCUCUCCGCGCGCGAACUAGAAAGUGCCGUUGCUGACGCUGAAUCUUCUCAGGGGGACAUCUGCGCGUCCGUGGAGACGGAGCUCGCUCACGUGUCCCGCGUAGACGAGGUCGAGCGCGACAUCGUGACGAAGUUCUUCGGAAUGCUCACGAGCAAAGAAUGGAAGCACUCCACGACGAGUAACGGCACGGACAUCUUCAAGCUCCCCGGGGAGCGCAUACACAGAAUAAUGGGCGUGACGAGGACGGAGGCGUCCCCCGAGGAAGUUCUCGGUUUCUUCAGCGACCCGCAAAACUUCAAGAAACACUUCACAAUCUUGGACGACAUGUUCAAAGAAGGGUCCGUCGUGAAGAUUGGCGGGCAAGGCUUGGGCUUAGAUGCGACCGGGGAGCGGCUUCACAAGCUCGGUAAAUUCGCCGCGUUGUCCAUCGGCGGAAAAGAGAGGGUGGGGCCGACGGAUCCGAAAGAGUUCGCGGUGUCGCUUCUGAACAAGAUUCGACGCUCGCCCGGGGGGCAGAAGAUCGAAGGUUUGAUCAAGAAACACGCCGGGGAUAAAGGCGCGGUCGCCGCGCUCGGGGAGCUGCCGUCGUCGCAAACGAGCGCGCUGGCGCAGACGUCGAUACGCGCGGAGUUCAAAGAUGGCCAGUUCAAGGACUUACCCGGGCACGCGUUGCUUCACGGGACGUUUCGUCUGCCCUCGAUCGUCCCGGACCGCGACUUCGUGUGGGACCAGGUCGCGAUGCGCUUGCCCACCGGGAGCGUGCUCGUGAUGGGACAGAGCGUGAACGACGGCGACGAGGACGUGCCGGAGUGCGUGAAGGGCCACGUCCGCGGGGCUGUGCUGACGUCUGGAUAUUACGUCUUCGAGGACGGCCAAGGCGGGUCGAAGAUCGCGUUCGUUUUACAGGCGGACCCGAAAGGCUCCCUUCCCGCGUGGGUCGUGAACUUGGUCGCGCCGAAGCAGGCGCACAACGUGACGCGCUUGCGGAAAUACCUGGAUUCCACCGUCGGUAGCUCUGUCAGCAGGGCGUAG